GUUCGGAAGAACUUCGGGGUUGAGGGCGACGACUGGACGGCGAGACUGGUGCGUCUCUCCGUGUUUGCUAUCUAGGAGCAAUUGGAAAGAAAUCAAAGAGAAGUCGCAUAUCAGGCCUGACCUCGACCCAGGACCAUUGAGGGCGAACAAAAGUCGGUAUAUUCCUGAAGAGAAAGCUGACAGCACCUGUCCCAUCGGCUCAAGCUACGACAAUAUUCUCUGAGACCUUGGUGCUGUGCUGUUGAGCAGGAUUUCCAACUCAAGAGGGCAAAAGCCUCCCCAAAGAGAUGCCCUUCUCCCAUCACUCGCACUCCGGCCAAUUUUGUGCCGAUCACGCGCGCGACUCGCUCGAAGAUGUGGUCCAGACGGCCAUUUCCAAGAACAUGUCCGUCUUUGCGCUGACCGAGCACAUGCCCCGGCAUGAGCAAGACCGGUACCCGGGGGAGCUCAACACGCUCGAGAUGCACUUCGCCAACGAGGCCGCCUAUGUCGCCGAGGCCCUCCGCCUGCGCCAGAAGUACAAGGACAGGAUAGAGCUGCCCCUGGGGUUCGAGGGCGAAUGGAUCCGACCCGAGUCCGAGGACCUGAUCAAGCAGAGUCUGGACAGGCACCCGUACGACUUCUUCGUCGGCUCCGUGCACCAUGUCCACACGAUCCCCAUCGACUACGACCACGCCAUGUACCACGACGCCCGGGCAAAGGCCGGCGGCACGGACGAGAGGAUCUUUGAAGAUUACUUUGACGCGCAAUUUGCCAUGCUGCAGGCCCUGAGGCCGCCCGUGGUCGGCCACUUUGAUCUCAUCCGGCUGAAGAGCGACGAUCCGAACCAGAGUUUCAAGCGGAUGAAGGGGGUAUGGGCACGGAUAUCAAGGAAUCUGGACUGCAUUGCCAGGUACGGAGGGAUACUGGAGAUCAACUCUUCGGCAGUGAGGAAGGGCAUGGCCGAGCCAUAUCCCCAGGGAGAAAUUUGCCAGGCUGCGCUGGAGAGAGACAUCCGCUUUUGCUUGUCUGAUGACAGUCACGGCGUGGAUCAGAUCGCCCAUAGCUACUCCCACGUCUUGGACUUUUUGCAAAAGGUCGGCAUCAGCUCUGUAACUUUUCUGAGCCACCGUGAACCCAGCGAUGGCCACAGCCCGAUACACGACCUUCGCUUUCAGACACUGCGCCAGGAGCAGAUGGGGCUGAAAAAGCUUAGAGAACACAGGUUUUGGAGUCAAUGAGCAGGCUACUAGACCACAGCUGCACGAGAUAUAGUGUCUAGACCACAUUUACAGGGCCUGGAAUAUUUGACAUCCCAAUCAGUGGUCGGGUGUGCGGAAGUGGGAGGUUUUUAGUCCUCCGUGGUUCCCGGUCUGGCCACGAGGUAUUCUGGGAACUCACGAGAGCAAAAUGGUCAUGCCCAAAAAGGAAGUGUCGAUAGCGAACUCCUGCGGUCCAGAUCAGCCAGACUGCAUACUGGGAAUCGUGCGAACUCGAUCCAAUGUUCUGGGCCGUGGGAUGAUAGGUCAUCUGAGGCACCACCACUACGGGCUUCCAAUGGUGGUAGUCGGUUCAUG